CCAGCCAAUCAGCUUCAUUCGACCUUAUCAUCGUAACACUCGCCGGCGCGCGUCUCCUCCCAGUGCAAGAUGUCGACACCGGCGUUGCUCCCCAUGUGUCUCCGGUACCUGAGCCGCCCCGGGGCUCUGAGCACCGGGCUGAGCAACGGGUUAAGGAGCGGGCUGAGGGCCGGGUCGGUCGGGGUCCGGGCGCAGUGCACGAAAGAGAGCGGAGGAACCGUCGGGCUGGCGCAAGGCGUCCUCCAACAGAUCGCUCAGCAGGAGGAACAGCAGCAGAAGGAGAAGGAGGAGCAGCAGAAGAAGGAGGAGAAACAGAAGGAGAACACAGCCUACGCUAAGAAGAUGCUGGUCCGCCUGGCCGGCCUGAUGGGGAUGGGCGGAGCAGUGGGCAUGGUCUAUGUCUUCGGUAGCAAUUCCGAGGACGAGCAAGGAAAUAAGAUUAGAGACGAGUUUGAUAAUGAUGCUCCAGUCGUACAACAGUUGCGGAGAACCUUCAAGUACUUCAAAGACUACCGCCAGAUGAUCAUGGAGCCCACCAGCCCGCGGCUGCUCCCGGAGCCCCUGAAGGAGCCGUACUACCAGCCCCCCUACACCCUGGUGCUGGAGCUCACCGACGUACUGCUGCACCCCGAGUGGUCGCUGGCUACAGGCUGGAGGUUUAAGAAGCGUCCAGGUAUAGACUACCUGUUCCAGCAGCUGACUCCGCUGUACGAGAUCGUCAUCUUCACGGCAGAGACUGGCAUGACUGCCUAUCCCCUAAUUGACAGCAUCGACCCCCAGGGCUUCGUCAUGUACCGACUCUUCAGAGACGCAACACGCUACAUGGAUGGACACCACGUCAAGGACGUGUCGUGUCUGAACCGGGACACCAGUAAGGUGAUCCUGGUGGACUGUAAGCGGGAGUCGUUCAGCCUGCAGCCCUUCAACGGCCUGGCGCUGCAGAAGUGGGACGGCAACUCGGAGGACCGGACGUUGUACGACCUAGCCAACUUCCUCAAGACCGUGGCCCUCAGCGGGGUGGAGGACGUGCGCUCGGUGCUGGAGAACUACGCCCUAGAGGACGACCCCAUCGCCGCCUUCAAGAGACGCCAGGCCCAGCUGGCCCAGGAGGAGGAGCAGCGCCUGGCGGAGGUGGCGCAGCAGACCAAGCAGGGCUUCUCUCUGGGCUCCAUGGCCUCGCGACUCUGGCGCUCCAAGCAGCAGUGAGCCCCGCCCACAUCCUCAUCCACCAAUAGCAGCCCGGCCCUCACCUCCACCGGCCAAUAGGGGACGGGUGGCGAGGGGGAUGAGCGCCACCGUCCACGCCGGGGUGGGCCGUGCUGCCGGGACAUUGGUUCACCUCAGCACCGAUGGGCGGGGCUCUUCUGGUUCCUGGCUGCUCAUUGGUCAGUUUUUAGUUUGACUCCAGGAGCCGGGGUUCAGAGCUGCGUUGGUCUCCGGGAGCGAGACGCGACCAGAGCCCGUCGCCGCUCCCACUCUGGUCCGGCUCCCCGGCCCUCAGACUCUGACCCUGCACCUUGGGGGCCCCCCCUGGGGCCCUCCCCCCUGGAG